AUGCCCUAUUCCCAGCCAACUGUUGAUAAUCUGAGAGGGGACAUUCAGCAUUACAUCAACUUAUCCAUUGCUUCAUCCACAAAACAAACUUAUAGUGCUGGUGAAAAACGCUAUAUUGAUUUCGUAACUAUGUUUAAACAGCAAUCACUUGAACAGUGCCUACCAGCAACAGAAGCCAUUUUGACAGAAUUUGUGGCUUUUCUUGCCAAAUCUAUAAAAUAUGCUUCAAUCAAAACCUAUCUGGCAGCUGUUCGCCAUUUGCACAUGCGCCGAGGUCUUCAACUAAAUUUACCAAAAAUGCAACAACUGCAGCUGGUCUUACGUGGCAUAAAACGUUCCCAUGGAGACCAAUCCCGUGUGCGUUUACCAAUAACAAUUCAUCACUUGCGAUUGUUUCACUUAAUGCUUGCCAUUCCAUCAACACAAAAUUACGAGUCCCUCAUGAUUUGGGCGGCCAUGACUUUGGCCUUUUUUGGAUUUCUUCGUCUAGGCGAACUGACAUGUAACACUAAAUUCAACCCCGAGGUCCAUCUCAUGCUUGAAAACCUUUAUUUUGCUCCAGGGGUGGGUCAAGGCAACCCCGAAUUCAUGACAGUGGAAAUCAAAGUCUCCAAAACAGACCCAUUCCGUUUGGGUCAAACAAUCACAGUUGGCGCGUCCAACUCGCCCCUAUGUCCUGUUUUGGCAAUGAAGAAGUACCUCUUGGUUAGAAAAACAACGGGUGGUCCACUCUUUGUUCAUGUUUCUGGAAAACCUCUUACCAAACAAACUUUAACGGCUGAGACUCGGAUUUUAUUAAACCAAGCAGGUUUGAAUGCGUCACACUAUGCUGGUCAUAGCUACCGAAUUGGGGCCGCUACAACUGCAGCUUCAGCUAAUUUGCUUGCGUGGCUCAUUAAAACUCUAGGACGAUGGUCUUCCGAUUGCUAUGAACGAUACAUUCGUAUUCCAUCUUUUACCCUGUCAAAGGUAUCUGCCACCAUGACUGCAUCAUUUAAUUAAAAAAAAAAAAGGGGGGGAAGGGCGUUUUCGUCUAUGGGGAACACUCUAUCGGGUGUUUUUGGGGAAGAAGUAUUCCAAUAUGUCAACUUCAUUUCCCAUAGACUCUAGUAACGUCACAUAUAAAUAUAUAUUUCAAAUAAUAGGGACUGUCUAAGCGGUUCUGUGGACCUUAGACAGGUUAGGGACUGCCCAAGCGGGCAGGUUAGGGACUGUCCAAGUGUGCUCUUGGUCAGAUACGUCAGGGGGUCGCUACUCCUGACUAGCAUUAUCAGUCCAGUACAGUAUUAGGUAUGUGACGAUGAGGAGGGAUGUCGUUUGACAUAAACACAGAGUACUUCCCCCCAAAACAACCCUUCUCCCACAAAACCAAAACGUGUGUUUUUUAUUGUGUUAAUUAUAGUUUAUAUUCCAUGAUUCAAUCUUUGGAUCAUUAAAGCCAAUUUAAAAUGUUUAAAUUCAGUUAAUGAGACAACAUGUUGAAAGCAAGUGUUUUGCAAGCUUAUCCUCAUUGACACAUGCAUGACAAAGGUGCAAGUCGACAUUUCCGUUUAUUGUUGGUGGGUCAAAGGUUAUUUUCUUGAAGCAGCACUGUGUUCAAGUGAAUAUUACUGAAAGAAACGCUUUUAGCCAAUGAAAAGCUUUUACGUAUCCCAACUAAAACCAACAGCCAAUCAAAGCAAGUAGGAGCAUAAGUUAUGCAUCACGCGCAAUUUUUUGGCAUUAUUUGCUCAAAGCUUUUGAAGGAUUUACCUUUGAUCUCCAUGUUACUGUUUAAAUCCCACCCACCCACCCCAUCUUACUUGCACUUUGGUUACUGCGUUUGCUUCCAACACCUUGUCCACAUAGUAGUUGGUAAAAGGAUCUCAUUAUAAUUAGCAUAUUAUAAGGAAACAAUGGCUUCCUGCUGUAAAGCUUUCCAAAAUGAAAGACUAUAAGAGGUGUAAAAGCGCCUAUGGACACAAGUUUUUAUAAUAUGGUAAAUAAAUAAUAAUAAUAAUAAAAAAAAAUGUUAUUGUUAUGGUUGGUCUUAGCUGGUAAUAAAAGCUUUCCAAAGUGAAAGACUAUCAGAGGUGUAAAAGUGCCUAUGGACACAAGUUUUACAAUAUGGUAAAUAAUAAAAAUUGUUAUGGUUCCUUUACUGGUAAUAAAUAAAUAAACAUUGGGUUCCGGGGAAGAAGUAUUCCAAUAUGUCAACUUCAUUUCCCAUAGACUCUAGUAACGUCACAUAUAAAUAUAUAUUUCAAAUAAUAGGGACUGUCUAAGCGGUUCUGUGGACCUUAGACAGGUUAGGGACUGCCCAAGCGGGCAGGUUAGGGACUGUCCAAGUGUGCUCUUGGUCAGAUACGUCAGGGGGUCGCUACUCCUGACUAGCAUUAUCAGUCCAGUACAGUAUUAGGUAUCUGACGAUGAGGAGGGAUGUCGUUUGACAUAAACACAGAGUACUUCCCCCCAAAACACCCCUUCUCCCACAAAACCAAAACGUGUAUUUUUUAUUGUGUUAAUUAUAAUUUAUAUUUAAUGAUUCAAUCUUUGGAUCAUUAACCAACGGUUAUAAGUGUUAAAUGUCGAAAUUCGCCGGUAUGAAACCGGAAUGCUUAGCAGCAUUAACGGGGCUUAGUAAACUUUUGAAAAAAAAAAGAAUUGGUAGCGAAUUCUUGUUUAGAUUACGAGCGCGAAACUCCACGCAAGCGAGGAUAACGCGAAGGAAAUACGUGGAUUAAAUAUUUAAAUGCCAAAAUAAUUGCCGGGAAAACUAAAAACCAAAAACAAAGCUCACGCAUGGCAUUUCACUUGGUUUGUUUGGUCUCAGAAAUAUUAGUUCUAAUAGACCAAGUUGUUUAAAGGCUAGUGUAAAUAGGAAAGAAUUCUACUUCAAUAAAAAUGACUUAAAAAGUUGGUCUAAGAAUUUGUCAAAUAUCGAGAGUGACGAUCGACGUGGUGGCGAGUUAAGCCGCGAAAGUUGGAAUCGUUUUUGGAAAAAACUGGGAUUUUUAAUCGCGGCUAUUUUCACAGGUUUUUGCUAAAUAAAUUACAAGCACUCCCUGAAUUCAAAAGAUUGAAAAUUUCAAUCUUUCAAAAGUUUGAAAAAAAAAACUCGAUCGAAUAGUAAGAUUGAAAUUAGAUUGAAAAACGCUGAGUCAGUUUGCCAUUCGAUUGAAAUAUAUCAGUCGAUUAGAACGACUGAUAAUUAUUUCAAUCUUUUAAAAGAUCGAUACUUUUAAACCAAUCAUAUAUCUCAAAAUUCGCGCGCGCGGACCAGUUUGAGGAAGAAGAAGCUUUGCUCACUUGCUUUUUUUGAGGAAGUCAUGGCGGGGGAACAAAACGCUUCCGAGCCCCGACAAAUAUUAGAAAAGGAUGAGUUUUUCUUUGAAAUUAUUUCAAAAAUGGAAGGUUAGUGAUUCACUUUUACAUAUAUACAUAUGUUUUUUUCUUAUAGGCUAGCAAUAGCAUGUCUAGAAUAGGUUUUUUUAAAAAAGCUGCUUCUGGUUUUAUGCCAUGGCUAGAAAUUUGCGACAGUCAGCGGUUUGUAAUGCAGGCGCACGCACCGUCAGUACGUCACGUUAAUGAACAUAUUGAAAAGCUGGAAAGUACGUAA